AAAAAAAACAUAGACAUGUGGGGGUAACAGAGGUUCUGGAGAGUUCUACUCUACGUAUCUUUUAUCAUCACUGAGUUUCUAUCCAUCAAACCCUAAUCCUCCCCUUGUUUGUGCGUCUUAUAAACGUGCUUUAGAAUCCAUUAGUGUUACUUAUAGCACCUUAGGAACGUGUUUGUUUUAUUGAGUUUCAAGUUACUUGUUUUGUCGGUUUUGUAAACUUGAUAAGAAAGGUGAGGUAUGGCUUCGAACAAUAUCGAGAAAGGCAACGAUAAUUUGUAUUCUCUUCUGGGUCUGAAGAAAGAAUGUACGACCACGGAGCUCCGUACUGCUUAUAAGAAGCUGGCUCUUAGAUGGCAUCCAGAUCGUUGUUCAUCAAUGGGGAACUUGGAGUUUGUAGAUGAAUCAAAGAAGAAGUUUCAGGGCAUCCAAGAGGCCUACUCUGUUCUGUCUGACUCCAACAAGAGGUUCCUCUAUGACGUUGGAGCUUACAAUACUGAUGAUGAUUCUGACCAAAACGGAAUGGGAGAUUUCUUGAGCGAAAUGGCGGUAAUGAUGAAUCAAUCCAAGCCUAGUGAGAACAACUCAGGAGACAGUUUUGAACACUUACAAGAUCUGUUUCAUGAGAUGCUUCAAGGAGAAGCAUUCGCCUCACCAUCGCCAUCGCCGUCGUCUUGCUAUGAUGCUUCAACUUUCACUUCAUCUUGUAGCUUUGUCUUUGACUCAAACACUCAGCAGUCACCGUUUGGGUUAAAUCCAAUGGGGAUUAAUGAUCCUUUCUCAUUCGAGCCUAGACCUCACCCCUUCUCUUUAGGGGUGGAACAUCAGCAGGAUUUCAAGAAGGGGAAGAACAAUGGUGGGAGAAGAAGCAGACGGAAGAAGAAUGCUCAAUCUGCUUCUCACCAAACGUCGUCGUCCAACAACUUUGGAGUUCCCACUUCAUAGCCUUCUUCAGUCCCAUAUUUUUGCUUCCUCACCUCCACAUUUGUCGACUAGUCAGUCACACAUAAGAGGACUGGUUCUUGUCCAACAAAAGCGUUGCCGUUUUGUAAACUACCCACCUCUUUAGUUCUCUCUCUUACAAUGUGAUUGCAUUCUUGUCAACUAAGCAAGAAGAGUCGUUAAGACCAUUGAGAUGGGAUGAUGUCAACGGCUUUAUAAUUGUUUUUCUUGCGAUUA